AUGAACGCACCACUAAUACUUUCUUUGUUGUUAGCGGCAACACCCAUCCUCGUAGUGGGACAGUCCGAGAAGGGUCCUCCGGGUGAAGUAAAAAUUUACGACAUCAAAGACUGCGAUUCCGUUCUUAACAAGGUGGAAUUCGAGGCGAAAAUGCAGACGGAAAGCGACGACACCGACACCUUUUCGAUGUCUUUCAAGAUACCAAGCGAUUAUGGAGAUAACGUUUUGGUCACUAUACUUGCGGACACAUUGGACGGGGACGAGUGGAAAGAAAACGCGUACCAUUUCGACGAUGAGAAAUUCUUUGCGAGUGUUAAUAAUUUUUGUCCGAAAAUUUGGGAACAUAUGAGGAGUAAAAUGGAACCCAAAAUUGCGGAGCCUGGUGAAAUUCUUGCUGGGUCUUAUACACUGGAGGGAUUUACGGCGACGUAUACGGAGAUCACUGUCCCGCAGGUACCAUACGGAAAAGCCCGUCUUACGGCCACCGUAACGGUAGACGACGAAGACGUGCUCUGCCAGAAGGUGGAACUCGAAUUCUUCAAACCUUCACUAAGAUAGAUUAUUGUCGAUUGAGGAAAUGAAUGCAUUAAUUAAUAAA